CGUCACCACUGUCAGCAAAUCAAAGGACUGCCGGAAGUUUUUAAUGUGGGAUGUGGAGCUUCCACUUUGUUGUGUUACUAGGGUAAUCACGUUUGAACUUAGUUAAUCGCGUGAUUUAAAAUGUCGAUUAUUUAUGUCCUUGUUUCAUUGUUUUGCUGUAUUUUUUCUACUACCGCCGAAUUAGAAAUAGUUACUGAUGACGAGUUAGUAAAUUUAAUAAAAACUGAGAAGUAUGUUGUCGUGCUAUUCACGAAGGACGACUGCGAGCAGUGUGAUCGCUACGAGAGCGAGCUGAUACACCUGCGCGAGGACCUGGUGGAUGCCCUGAACGCGUGGGUGGUGAAGGCCGUGGGCAGUCAACUGGUGCGCGCCUACAACCCCAGCAAGGAGCCGGCGCUGGUGUUCUUGCGGCACGGCGUCCCGCUCAUCUACGAUGGUCCUCUAAACGAUGAACUGAUCUUGCACACGUUCGUGGACAACAAGGAGCCCACGGUGCGUGAACUGUCCGACAGCGACUUCGAACACCUCACUCAGGCCUCGUCAGGAGCCACCACUGGGGAUUGGUUCGUCAUGUUCUACGGCAAUGACUGUGUUGACUGCCAGAGGCUCCAGGCGCGGUGGGAGGCCGUGGGCGCCAAGCUGAAGACACGCCUCAACGUCGCUCGCGUCAACAAGCAGACGACAGGCGCCGCGACCGGCCGCAGGUUCGGGGUCCGCUCCGUGCCGGCAUUCAUCCUUUUUCGUCAGGGAAAGAUGUAUCGCUAUAACAUUCCCAAUUACGACGUUCCAUCGUUCGUGGCAUUUGCAGUGGAUUGGUACAAGAAUGCACGCAUGGAAAUUGUUCCAGCGCCGAAAAGCCCUUUCGACGACCUGACCCAGAUGGUGGCGGACCACGUCAGGGACAACCUGCUCCUGUGGCAGGCGGGCGGGGGCGUGGCGUUCCUGCUGCUCCUGUGGCUGCUGUACCGCCGGCUGGCACGCUCCGGGCCCCGGGCCAGGCCCCCGGCCAAGGCCAAGAAGAGCAAGUAGCGCUCGCGCACUCUUCCGUGGCCCUUUCCCAACUUUCAUGUGGGUUACCAUUAGUUUCCUGUUCAGCACAGACAAAUUGGGUUCAUCUGUAACUUCGUAGAACUAUUGACUUUGUAAGCCAGAAUUACUUGCCUCCGUCCAUCCGUCAAUCACCUUACCUGCAGCCAAUGAGAUAAUCCAAAAAAAUGUAAUUCGUCAAAAGUUUUGGUGACUUAAUAUUUUUUGACUGACAACGUUUUUAAUAUCCAAACAUCUGCAAAGUUAUGCAUUUCAAAUAUUAUAUUAGAAGGUCUUGAAAUUUGUUAAAAUUGUAAUGCUGCUUCUCAUAAAUAUGUUCUAACAUAUGUUAGAACACAAUUAAAACUAUUUUUCGAGUCACAGAAGUGUGAUUAAUUAUGCAUGGCAUCUCAAAACAGUUCUAAAUAAAGACAAGAGUGAAAAAAACAUUUUAUUUAAUGUGUUAUAAGUGUGUGACUUACAUGAUUGCUAAAGUACAUAAAUAAUACAAGAAAAAUUUUCUCCAAAAUUUAAGUGUUCUCAAUACAUAGUUGGCAGCAAUAAAAUGGAAAAAUUAUAAUGGACGAGUGAAGUUUUGUAAAUCGCUCUGAUGCUGACAGAUGGACACGACAGGCCAUUGUAAUUCUGGCCUUAGUAAUGCUAGCCUGUAAAAAUGGGUGGGUUUAAAACUUAGAAAUUCCAAUUUCUAUUUUAAAAAUUUUGUAUUUACAAAAUUCAGUUUCAGCGUAACUAUUUUUUUUGUGUCAUAAUUGACAUAUCAAUAUUUAAAAAAAUUAUAAUAAAAAGUAUUCCAUAUAAAUUAUCACAAAACAAACUUUUUUAAAAUGGUACUUCAAAUAAAAUUUAAGCUGGACUGACUUUACUAAUUAAAAAAUAUAUAUAUUAGGAUGUGCAGGAUCCUGAAAUUAAGAAAACUUUUUAGAUUCCCUGAGGUUUGGCAGGAAAAACAAAUUCCUUUUUUUUUUUUUUUUUUUUUUAAUUGUUAUUUUUGCUGAAAAAGUCUGGUAAUUAAAGAUACCACAUUUACGCGUGUUCAGAUGCACAUUUUAUGCCAGUUUUUAGAUUAAUAAAAUGAUGUGCAAUCCUUAUGCAAGUUUUUGACCAUGGGUAAAAAAAAUACUAAUAAUAUUGCUCUGUGUGGUUGAAUAUUUACGUAAAUAACUAACCAAUUUUGGUUUUUAAUAAAUUAAACUUCACGUGUAUGUAUAAUUUGUUUAAUCAAAAUUAUCUCGGUAGUAGUGCUCUGUGAGCAGCACGGUUAUUGUGCGUGUGCGUUUGCCACGUGACAGGCAUGACAGAGAAACUCUUAAUUACUGAGAAUGAGACAUAGUUCUUGAAGUAGUUUUGGGUCCCCGCGCUAGAUAGGUGCUUUUAUUAUAUGUAUUUUACUAAUGUAGCUACGUACAUUGAUUGUGAGAAGUAAUGCAUCAGCUAUUAUCAUGCAAAUCAACCAGUGAAAAGUUAUUUCAUUUUAUUUUGGUAGCCACCUAUCUUUUGGUAUGACAUACUGCAUCUUCUACUUAUUUACUUGUAUAGAACAUUUUUUUUGUUACAGACCAGUUUUUUCCGCAGUGUCUUUUACUAAGAAAUGAGUCGUCGGGCAAUUAAAUUAUUAUUAUAAAGUUAACAAUUUGGAUUUGAACCUCCUGCCCAAGUUUGUUUGUUAUUCUUCUUCUUCCCCUAAAUGUGGUCCCUCCCAACAGAUAGCUUCACAUGUCACGCCAAUCGUGGUUUCAGUUUCCACUGUAAGAGUUGCACUUCUAUAUCUCCCUCCUUGUUCUAUGGUGCUAUGUCGGCGCCAGCAAGUGACUGUCUGUUGCAAUGUAAGGGCGAGGAGUUGAGGGGAAAAUCUAAAAAUAAACCAGCCAGAGAGAGAGCAAGAAUGUGUGUGUACAUGUGUGUGAGGCCAUGUGGCAGAGUUGAUCAUUGUUAAUGUCCCGUGAACUGGCACAAUAUGCAAUUAAUGUGUCUGUCUUGAUGUUUGUGAUGCAACUGUGCCCAAUUAUUAUUGUUCUUCCAUGAGAUAUUCCACGCUUUCAACUAAACAUUCCAUAACAAAACUGCAGCCAUUGUUGGUGUUUAUGAGUGCUAGAUUUUAUAGCAAGAAAGGAACCUACAGAGAGUAGCUUGCCACGUUUCUCUCUCCGUGGAAAAUAGAUUGGUAAAAAAAAAUAAAACACAAUAGACGAAAGGGAAACAAGGGUAUGCGAUAAAUUUGAGGGAUUUGAAAAUGUGAAGAAAAAAAAGGGGAGGAGUGUGCCGCCUCUCCCCGUCCAGUAAUUUACUGACAAAGAGGUCAACACCAGUGCUGUAUUUCUUACGCGCUAAUAAGCUGAGGCACGGAACACAAAGACAAGAAUGGAACUCUUAAUGAAGACAGAUAUAUGGUGAGACCCUUAUGGUGUAAAUUCAUGAUGAAGACUGGAUAAUUUUUCUAACCGGCUGAAUGCCUACUCGCGACAAGUCAAACUGCAGCUCUAUCAUUUCCUGAGUGUGUUCCUAUGCACCAACUUGUGGUUAGGCAUUACAUUUUAAAUUAAUUAACUCGUAGCUCCUGAAGCGUAGAUGUUGGGCCUAGGUUUUGCAACGGGUUGGAUAAUUUUUCUAACUGCCGAUAUUCUGUUACUGCCAGCAGGUGACCGACCGCUCUAUUCCUUCUGUAGUAAGAUCCGAUGUGCCAGCACGCUGUUAAUUAAUGUAAUUAAAUUAAUAAAUUUUUUGUUUGCAUCCAAUAACUUCUUUCCUAGCUUUAAGUACAUGCGCUGACCGGCAGCCGUAAGGACGACGAGCACUGUCGCCCGCCCCCAGGAGCGCAUGCGCCACUGGUACCAACCCAGACGUGCAUAAACACCAGUGCAGACCGCAAGGCCCAAGUUCCAGACCCCAGCACGAUUCAAACUAUCUGCCCUGACCAAAUAUUCUUCCGGACCAUCCUUCUUGUCCUGUAUUGAACCUGCCUGCUUAAAAUGCUUGCACUAUUUAACCCCGUAUCAAUGAGCCAGGGGUUUUACCUGGUCCCAAAUAUGUAAGGGGCAUAAAAAAAGUUACUUUGAAAAUGUUAGAUUUUUUGUAUGGUAAAUAUGUUAUGUGGUUUAAAUUAAUUACAAAAAUAAAUGAAAAAUGGUACUAAGAAACUUAGAAUCAAGAUUCAAUAUGUUGCAUUUUUUUCUGCCAAACCUCUUAAAACCCGUUGUACUAACUGCUGAUAGUAAAGUUGUAAUUACUGUUGCUCUUUGUGGGUGUGUGAUACCUUCUUCCAGCAGCAAGGGUUGAGGGGAUAUGUGUACGCGACAGUUUGUGUUUGUGUAAUGCCGCUGGAAGUACCAAAUGCUGUGGGCCAAUCAUAUUGGUGCAAUUUAAAAUAUCACAAUGACUGUUGUGUUUCAUUGAUUGUGCUCACUGUUACAGUAUAGUCCAUUUAUUUACAGCAUGUGGUAUGACAUUUUGUUUUCAUUGUUUUUUUUACUGUACUUGCAUCUGCCAUGAUUUUUAGAAUGAAUAUAAAAUUUCUUGAUAUUGGCAAGAAUGGCAUUUAAUACAAAGUGUAAGUUUAAAUUGCAACUAAGUUAAACAUAAGAGUAGCCAUUAAAUUUACAGGAAUUUAUUUUGUUAACAUAAUGUACUAAUUUAACUAAAAACUUGUGUGAAAAUAUUUGUCUUUCUGGCCGCAAAAUACUAAAAUGUUGCAAUUUUGCAACAAUUUCUGGUUUCAUUCUCGCAAACUACAUUUACUAUAUUAUCAGUUGUCAUUACUCACCAGUCAUCACUAGGGAUUAUAAGUAUGAUGGUAUUCCUCAUUAAACAGUCUUUGAAAAAAAAUUUGCCAAUUCCAUGCAUGUAGGAAUUGAGCACCGAACAAUCUACACUCCCAUCCCUAUAGUUUAAAUUGCAUGAAUUUUUUUUUUGUUGGUUUACUUACGGAUUCAAUAAGUGAUUUUGUUCAUGAUAUAAAUAUCAGAUCAUUACUUUGUAACAAACAGCUUUGAAUAUCAGGAAGACACACAACAAACAUGUUUCUGUUUCAGACACCGAGGAAAACGUGUAUACCCUGUUAAGAAAUUUAGCAUUUAAGUAUUGUUUUUUAUUCCUUCCUUGUUGUGAUUGUUGCUGAUUUUUACUUUUGCUAAUAAAAAUAAUUAUUGUACUCAUUUGAGAUAAAAAAUAUAUAUUUUUGAAGUA